AUGGCCAUUGCCAUGCCAACUUCAUCUGCAAAAGCUGCAUACCGGUACAUCUCUGCUCGGCCAAGAGGUGGGCACAGAUGCAUGAUAAAGGCGAUGUACUAUGGUACCGCAAUAGUACCCGAUCCCGUGCUUGGCAUGCAGCCAAAGCCCGCUCAGACGAUCGCGAUGCACGGCGAGGUCGAGAUGAUUCGACUGCGACCAUGGGAUCUAGUGAAUGCCUGCAGCGUCAUCAUCAUCAGCAUCAUCAUCAUCAUCAUCAUCAUCAUCAAGGCAGACGCAACAACAGUCUUCGGGGUUGCCAUCCAGUACACCUCCAUCUAUUUCCGUGUGCUUGGGUCGUCCAGUGUCUGCGCAUUCCAAAGACGUCCAGAGAUUGAUACCGGUGGGCAACAGACAAUCUCCCAUAUUUCCGCCCUACCCAUGUCCCACACCGUCACAACAAAGCAAUCGCAAUGGUGCAACCAACCUGCGCGCGAUCGGAAAUCGCAUCAUCGCUGGUUCGCGCUGACAAAAUGCUCAAUACCAUACCCUUGGCCUGGCCAACUCCGCGAUCGCGAAUCUCCCGAGCUUUCCGAACGCACAUCACAUGGACUAGAGGAAGAGGAGAAGAGCGUAGCACAUAUGCCGAACCGUGGCCUCCGUCUGUAUGCGACUACGGUCUUGCUGCUAGCAUCCCUUACCUCUGCUAUCGCGCAUGGCGAUUCUCAUCAUGGCGACACCAUGGAUAUGGCUGCACCGCCUCCUCCCGCGCAACACAAUGACAAGCCACCGAGUUACUGGAGUCUGUCCGAGCAUGCCAUGUUGAUGUACUGGCAUAUUGCGCUCGAGAUCUUGGCAUGGGUCGUGGUUUUGCCUGUUGCUGUUAUGCUGAGCAUUGCACGCUCGCGACUCGUCUUGCCAUCACAAUUGGCGUUUCUUGCCAUCAACGCGCUCGCACUGGUACUGGGUGUCAUCUACAAUCACCAGACACCGGACUUGUAUUCAAAUAAUGCGCACAGCAAGAUUGGCUGGAUAAUCACUUGGAUCGCAUCAGCGUGGGUCCUCAUGUGUUUGGUGCAACUACACAUCAAUCGCUCCGAGAGUGAGACUUUGGCGGCAGGAACACCAACAAUGAAUGCAACAAACAUGGCGAGAUACCAGCGCGUACCAGAAGAGCAGCCUCCUGCGCCAUCGCGGUGGUCAGAAGACUCUGGACAGGGCACGGAGCGGAAUUCCGAAUCUUUGCAGGGACACUCGAGAUCUUCUAGCGUUGAAUCGGAAGAUCUCCAGUUUGCGUCGCCCGUGCGCGCUUAUAGUCAGGAGGGCGACUUUGACAACCUGGGUGACGAGUCUGAAAAGCGAGGUUUCCUAGCCGGUUCCGUUGUGGAUAGGUUCAUGUCCCAGAAUGUGGCUCGUUUUAUUGGUAGGCGAACACAGAGGAUCAUUCAAAUCCUCGCCGUCGUUAUCGAACGCACGAUCCUGCUACAGGGCUUCUUUGCCAUUAGCAGCGGCACGGUCGCAUAUGGUGGCAUCGCAAGAGGAAAUCACGUCUUCAACAUCCUGGCGCACUACGUCAAAGGCGGCAUCUUCUUCCUCUACGGGCUCUUGACACUGGGUCGGUGGAUGGGCGCGUUUGCCGACUUUGGCUGGGCGUGGAACAUCAAGCCGACGAGAGAGUCUGCCGGCGGUCGACGGUGGACUGUUCCUUCUGCCGAAUUUACAGAGUCGUUUGUCAUUUGGCUCUAUGGCGUCACUAAUGUAUUCCUCGAACAUCUGGCCGCUUGGGGCGGUGCAUGGACAGCACAAGAUCUGGAGCAUGUUUCCAUUUCUGUCAUGUUCUUUGGUGGUGGCUUGCUGGGAAUGAUUGUAGAGUCGAGGAAGAUGAGGGAUCUGCUCAACUACACCGUCACCUCCUCCACCUCCGUCCAUCCCACUGACGAUCAAUGGCAACAACCCCGCCAAUAUCGAUUCUCGAUGAAUCCCAUGCCCGCUCUGAUCAUCAUGCUGCUUGGCAAAAUGAUGAGUUCGCACCACCAGAGCUCUAUGCUUUCGAGCAUGAUCCACGGCCAAUGGGGAAGCAUGUUCAUGGGCUUCGCUCUUGCCCGUGGCCUUACCUAUAUGAUCUUGUACAUUUCACCGCCGACGUCCUUCCUGCCCUCCCGUCCACCAACGGAGAUCAUCACUUCCUUCUGCCUCAUUUCCGGAGGUCUGGUUUUCAUGAUGAGCAACAAGGAUACUGUUGCAGCUCUCGAGGAAUACCAGCUGGACGCCAUGUUCAUUUUUACCGUUACCAUGGGUGUUACGGCGCUCCUGAUGGCAUGGACCACCGUCGUUGUCGCCAUCAAAGGCUGGGCGGUACGUAAGGAGAACGGCAGCUGGUAUACGAAGAGUCAGGCUGGUGUACUUGCGUAA